AUGGCCAACUUCAAGCGCUUGGACCUUGGGAUCAGUGCCAUUCAGGGGCACAGUAGAAGCCCUGACGAGGUCUCCAAGGUGGCCCUUGGCGAAUGUCUCACCUUGGAGAGAUGCAAACAGCUAGGACAGAUCUUCCACGCCUCAGAGAAUGCCAACUACCAGUCCAUCCGGACCUACGGUCUGGUGCUGGAGGCCACAAAGGCCUCCUGGCAGAGACACCGCAAGGCCAUACGCAUGGCCCAGCAGGAGAAGGAGCUCAACGAGGUCCUCCGAAAGGCCAAGACGAAGCCGCUGCACCUUUUCAGCUACCGGCUCCUGCACCGCGUCGACAGCAGCGGCAAUGAGGUGUACUACAGCUUGGAGCAGUCUGCCAGACGAGACGCGAGCGACUUCUCGAUUCUCGUCGGUGUCAUCUGUGAGGCCUAUGGUCAG